CAGCAACAGGAUGUGACAUCAGCCGGCACAGGAAGUGAGGGUGAUAGUGUAAGCAUCUCUCCCAGCAAGACUUCUUCCUGCAUUCUGAAGAUAUGGGCUCCAACAGAGGACUGACAAUCACCCUCACACAUGGAAGUGAGAAGCACAAACUGCAGGUUGUGACCCAAGAAGAACAAGAUGACGAUCCAACUCUUCAAGACUUGGCAUUGAUUGUGGAGAAAGUCACUGGUGUACCCCUCGCCUCACAGAGACUCAUUUACAAGGGAAAAUCCCUUAAGGAGAUGGAACAGACUUUACAAGCCCUAGGUGUACAGAAUGGUUGUAAAAUAAUGCUGAUUGGGAAGAAGAACUGUCCAGAAGAGGAGUCAGAAUUAAAGAGGCUGAAAGAUUUGGAAAAAUCAGUUGAACAAAUAGCAAGUAAAUUGGAAGAUGUUAACAAAGAGCUCUCAGGAAUACAGAAGGGGUUUCUUAGUAAGAAUCUUCAAGAGGAAGCACUUGGUAAACUUGAUAAAAGAAUAAAGACAACUGUUGAACAAUUUAUGAAAGUACUGGAACAGGUUGAUUCUUUGGUAAUGCCAGAAAAUUUUAAUGACUGUAGAAUGAAGAGGAAGGCAUUAGUAAAAAAAGUGCAGGGAUUCCUUGCUCAGUGUGACACAAUGGAAGGAAACAUCAGUCAAGAAAUUGACAAGCUGCACUCUAAGAAUUUGGCUCUGGCAAAGUAGAGGUUCAUAUACAUAUGUGGUGAUAGGGUAAAAUGGUUGCUCUAUGAGCAAGUUUAUAUACAAAUUGAUUUUUGCUCUCUGUUUGGAAGAUAUAUAUGUACUGUAUAUAGAAAUAUUUUGUUAAUAUUAAUUGCUGUGUUUUGCCUGUGUGAGCUCUGCUGCUAUAUUUGGUGUGUGUAAACACAAGAAAAUAGGUAAAACUGUCAUGUACUGCAUACUGAUAAGACAACACCACCUUGGCACUAAUAUUAUGUUUUUUUUUUUUAAAUGCCUAUUUUAUUUGUAAUAAAGACUUUUGGGCUUUGUUAUAGGUAAGUUAUAAUUGUGCAGCCUUAAUUAUUUCAUGGGACUUUCUGCUUGGGCCCAUUUUACGUGUCUGUACUUAGAAGAUCUCUGCCCAACUCGUAGCGUGAACCAAAUAUCUAUACCAUUGUUUUCAAAUAUAUGCUUGUGAGUUCUGCUGAGGUACAUUUGUAAACAUUUCUGCAUGCUGCAGUUUAGACAUGCUUAGGUUUUGUUCACCUCUGAACUUUGUCAUAUUAUUAUUUUUUUUUAUGGGAAAGCACACCAAAAAUAUAACAUGUAGGUGACAGUGGGACUGAAACUUUGCUAAGAGCAUUUCUGGUAGUAGCAAUAAUGGAGCAGCAAACAGUAUAUCAUCACAUCAGCAGAAACGAACCCUAAGGGGCCCAGUUAUUUAGAGGCUGAACGUGUUGCAGGAAAAGCACAUCCCAUGGGCGUUUCCUGCAUUGCACAUGAAUACGUUGCCCUUGCGAGAUGUGUGCAGGUUCCAUUAUUGCUAAUGGCACCCCAAACACAUCUUGCAAACGUGGCAUUUGUGGACACCAAGCCACAUGGAACAGUAGUACCAUGUGUUUUGGUACGGUGCUGUCUGGAAAAUAAGUGCUUACACAUUCUGGUAUGUUUGGCAGCCCAUUGAAAUAAUUGGGCUGUCCAAACCGGAACGCACAAGGACUGUAAGGGAAUGCGUGCGUUCUAGUGUGAACCGGCCAGCUUAUUGCAGCUUUGAAAAAAAAAAUGCACAUUUAUAAUUUACAGUGCUAUACUUUUAAAUCUGUUUUAGUGCUUUGCUUGCUUCGGGACAUCGAGGCAAGCAAAGUCCUGUUCAAAUAACUAAAUAAAUAAAUGAAU